AUGGGGAAGUACCGCGUCCACUGGUGUUAUUUUCCUUUUCGAAAACUCACCCGUAGUUUUAGGAGGUGCUCUCCCUCCAAAAGAACUUUGAUUAUAGCGAUUCUGUGUUUGGUCAACUUGUUGUUUUUGGUUUUAAAAGUUGGGCAUUUAGAGCAACCCCGGAGUAAGGAGGAGCAGAAGCGGCACACCCGCGGCGAGCAUCACUUAGACGGUGAACCACCGGCCACUUCUGACCUGCAAACCCAAGCUAGUUUGGAGGUCCCGACCCUGUUCAAUGUGGUCUACGUAACGCUAAAAUUCAAGCGUCUUAAACCAGUAAAUAUUCGAGGUACAAUUCGACCAAAGCUGAGAAAGAAAGUGAGAACAAAAACAAUCCAUCCAACAAUUACGCAGCGCAAACGAUUCAGCGUGGAACGGGAAACGGGCAAAGGAAACCGCAGCACUGGACUUAAGACAUCGAGGAAAGGGGGAAGUCUUGUGGACUUCUCCUUAAAGUCUUACAACGAUGGAACAGACCCUCGUUUUAGUAGUAUCCGAAUUUACAGCGAAAUGGCACCUCCGUGGUUCAGCGCACAGGACGUGAAAAUCAUGCGCUUUCUUGCGGAUGCCAAAGUUUUGCGCAUAAAAGAAAUCCCUCGUCUGGACGCACCUUCGCUCGUGAUAUUUGAGGGUGCAGACAUGAACCGUCUGGUCAGCCAAAAACACUUGAAUAGAAAUAAUGUAUGUGGAGGCCAGUGCGGAAUUAUCCACUGCUCCGUGGGAAACGCGGAGGUAUUUGCUUUUCAUUUGGAUAGGGUGCUCGGCCUCAGUAGGACAAUACCUGCGGUAAGCAGAAAGUUUGGCUUUUUGAACGAUGGCCAGGCCUGCCAGGUGGUUCUUUGGGAUGCAUCGCUGCACCCCAAAGACCUUGCUGCAGGCCCAACUACUGUGAGGAUGACAUGGAGGGAGUACCAGAACUCACUGACACAGAGGUGUUGGCAAAGAAAUGUCAACCCAAAGUCCAACUCUGGAUGCUCUUCAAUUUACCACAGUGAAUGGAGCAAAUUAGCUCUUUUUGACUUUUUGCUACAGAUUCACAACCGUCUGGAUCCGAGCUGCUGCGGAUUCAGGCCACGGCAGGAGGACAUGUGUGUUCAACCGGGCCGCCAUGAUGUGUGUAAGGACCAGGAAAACAUACAACUGGCAAACAUCGUGCACAGGGAACAUGACCUCAGGCACCUGGUCUUCAUCAACAACAAAGGAUUCUUUGACCACAAUGAGGACAAUCUAGACUUCAGGCUUCUGGAAGGAAUCAAGGAGCUGCCAGAGCAGGCCGUGUCUGUGUUAAGGAAGAGGAAGCUGAGGGAAAAACUUCUCCAGUCGCUCUUUCUGGACCAGAUGUACUGGGAAAGUCAGGGCGGCCGACAGGGCAUCGACAAACUGAUCGAUGUGAUUGAGAAGCGAGCCAACAUCCUCCUCACCUACAUCAAUGCUCAUGGGAUCAAAGUUAUCCCAAUGAAUGAUUGAUUUAUAUUUUACUAAUGAAGGUGAUUUUUAAAUUACAUAAAUCUUAUUUAAAAUAGUAAAAAUCUGCACCUAAAUUUAAGUAAACGUGAAAAAAUAGAGGAAUAAUAAUUUGUUACAGAAGCUUUAAACUUGAUUUGUGUUGUCUUCAUCCUAUUCCAAAAGUACAGGAGUCAGCUUUGUCAGGCAAAAACUCUUAAGAAUGGUAAAAAAAACAACCAUUUGUUAUAUAUUUUUAUGUAGAGUAUCAAAAUAUACAACUGAGUAGCUACAGUGAUCCACAAAGCAAUGAAGAGCUAAAACCCUGUGUACUUAUUUUCCUCACAAAGGCAUCGAAGCAAACAGCAUGGCAAAGUCAUGGCUCAAUUCUGCCAGCAAGGGCAGAAAAAUGAGUACUGUGGAGGAAGAAUGGAAAACAGAAAACAUCAGGGAGCUAAUUUCCAUGAAAGCAAUGGAGAAAUCCCUGGCUUGGGAAUCCUCUUGCACAAUGUUUCACACAGAUCGUUUCACUUUUCUGUUUGCCUUAUUAUCUUGCGUGAUUUUUUACUUCAGUCCAUAACUUUUGCUCAUUGUGAUGUAGUUUCAAUGAAAUUGGAAAAAUAGACAUCAUUUGGGUUCAUUUUUACAGUCAAAGUUUGAUGUUCCUGUAUAAUUUAACAUAAUAUUUCCCUCUAGAAUACAACAAUGUACAUACAUGGAGAAUUUUUCUAUUUUCUCCAUAAAAAUGUAGAGGUUUUUUGUGUGUAAGAUUAUGACUAGCAUGUAACAUUGUCAAAUGAAAUGUGUAAAUAUGCUUUUGGACAAAAAAGCCAUUGUUUUUAAUGAAUUGGAAUUAUGCCUCAUUCAGAGGCCAAAAAGCGAAGCCCACUUCCUCAUCAGUUGUUACAUUUGGAAGGAAUCAACAUGCUUGUUUUUAUUGCUUUCAGUGUGGAUCAUGUUUUUAAUUAUAUAGCCUACAUUUUAGGUUAUUGCUAAAGAAGCUGGGUGAAUUCAAGCAUAUUGAAAAUAGUUGAAGCUUUGAGAAGAAUUAAAUUCCAGUCAGUAGAUGGAUGAGAUUCACAAAGUGUGAACUGCAGCUGGAGUCAGUGCUUAAAGAACCAACAAGCUGUAUGGAGAACAUGGUCUACAACUGUCACAUUUGUCUUAAGCCACUCCUGAGCCUAAAAGAACUACAAGAAACAACACAAGUGUCUUAUUUAAACUAAGGAGAAAAAAAGUUUUAAUCCUUGUUUAAUUGGUUUUAUGUAAUCAAAUUGCCUGUAAAACUUUGAAUAAGCCACAGCUGAAAAAAAAAGUUGCGCUGUGUGUAAUGAAAGGGUUUAAUCCGAGUUUGAAUUUUUAAACCAAUUUACUGAGAUUAAAUUGAUUUUCAUUGAUACAGUAAUUUAUUAAAUUGCACCUUUACAGUGUCUAUGAGUAUUGUAGAUUAUUUUGUUUAUUGAAGAUUGUAUAUUAUAUCCUUAGGGCAUCAUACAAAGUACUGUUGUUAUCGUAAAUCUGGUCACAUGACAUAAAUGUACCAAUUUAUAUGUAAAAAAGUUUCUAAUUUGAGCCAAAAAUCAAUUUUAGCCCUGGACUGUUUUAUGUUUUUUAAUAUUUAUUUUAUUUUGUAUCUUUUUUGUAACUUGUAAAAGUCCAAAAAGAAAAUGUCCAUUAAUAAUCAAUUGCAUUCACCCUAAGUAGAAGUUGUGGUUUAGUAUUGCUGUCAUUGGUUUUUAAAGUUUAUAGUUUUGGAUAUUAAAGUCACUUCAAAAUACUUUAAAACAGCAAAUGAGCAAAUUGUUAUUUUAGUUUUAGCAAUAAAGCUAAAAAACAAAGUCAGAAAUCAUUUAUAUUCUGCUGUUUGGGCCCUCAAAGAUUAGACUGGAAGUUGUUUGUUUGGUUUUGUGCAUUAAGCCGCCUAUUGUUCUGACCUCUUCACCUGAAUUACAUAGAGUGGAUUCCA